AAAGACCCAAUUGUGUCUUCCAUUCAUUUUCAGACCAGAACAACUAAAACUCCAAGAACUUGAAGUUACCCAGAUUGCAAGAUCAGAUAGAUGGCUAACCAAGCUCCCACACUUCCUCUUCUUACUCCUUACAAAAUGGGAAAGUUUGAUCUUUCUCACAGAGUUGUUUUAGCGCCAUUGACUAGACAGAGAUCAUAUGGAAAUGUUCCCCAGCCACAUGCCAUCUUAUAUUACUCUCAGAGAACAUCUAAAGGGGGUCUUCUCAUAACUGAAGCCACUGGAGUUUCUGACACAGCACAAGGGUAUCCAGAUACUCCUGGUAUAUGGACAAAGGAGCAAGUUGAAGCAUGGAAACCCAUUGUCAAUGCUGUACAUGCUAAAGGGGGUAUCUUCUUCUGUCAGAUUUGGCAUGUGGGGAGGGUUUCAAAUACUGGCUUUCAGCCAAAUGGACAGGUUCCAAUCUCUUCUACUGACAAGCCCCUAACCCCCCAAAUACGAUCUAAUGGCAUUGAUGUUGCGCAAUUCACACCUCCAAGACGAUUAAGGACAGAUGAAAUUCCUCAAAUUGUCAAUGAUUUCAGACUUGCUGCAAGGAAUGCUAUGGAAGCUGGUUUUGAUGGGGUUGAAAUUCAUGGCGCUCAUGGCUACCUUAUCGAUCAGUUUUUAAAAGAUCAAGUAAAUGAUCGAACAGACCAAUAUGGUGGAUCUCUAGAAAAGCGUUGCCGAUUUGCACUAGACAUUGUUGAAGCUGUUGUCAAUGAGAUAGGAGCAGAUAAAGUUGGAAUUAGAUUAUCUCCAUUUGCUGACUAUAUGGAAUCCGGAGAUUCUAAUCCAAAGGAAUUGGGCCUUUAUCUAGUCAAUUCCUUGAACAAAUAUCGAAUCCUGUACUGCCACAUGGUUGAGCCAAGAAUGAAGACACUUGGAGAAAAAAUUGAAUGUCCCCAAAGUCUCGUACCCAUGAGAAAGGCUUUCAGUGGUACCUUCAUUGCUGCUGGUGGUUUUGACAGGAAAGAUGGGAACAAUGCUGUGGCUGAGGGCCGUGCAGAUCUUAUCGCUUUUGGUCGUUGGUUCUUGGCUAAUCCAGAUUUGCCAAAGAGAUUUGAGCUUAAUGCUCCUCUGAAUAAGUACAACAGAGAUACAUUCUACAUAUCUGAUCCAGUUCUUGGUUACACUGAUUAUCCAUUUCUUGACAGCACUGCUUGAGUUUCCAGCUGAGUAUGGGAAGCUUGAACUCGCUUAUAUAUUAUUCCUGCAUUGGUCUGCUUUAAAGUUUUCUUGUUACUUUUUUUUCAUGGUAUGUACAAUUAUAAUACCAAACGGCAGCGGCUGGUUGACCAGACUGUAGAGUUCUCAGUUGGUAUAGUGUAGCUGUUUGAUAUUGUAAGUUGUACCAGACUCUUCAAGUGCCCUGUCAAGUGUCUUAACGUAGCUUGUGGCGACGUGAAGAUGCAAACUGAUUGUAGCCUUGUGGAAGGUGAUUUUAAUAAAAAUGGCCCGUCUUUUUACUUGUACCAA